GAUCAUAUCGUGUUGUGAUGCCAUUGUAACAUUUCCCGAAUCUGUUAUAAAAGGAGUUCCCUUCCACUCUUCAGUCCUAUCAUUACUUUCUCUACCUUGUUGUAGAUAUUGCUUGUUCUUAUAUUGUGCAUUGUUUUUCAUUCAAUAUGAUUAUAAGUUACCGUACAUAAUAAGAGAAGGAUAAAGAACUUGUACUUAUAGCUACCAUAUUUUUUUUUUAACUCCAGCAUAUGGAGCUGAUGAAAAAAGAUACAACAUGGGCCACAACUGCAGAAAUGCUUGCAGCUGCUACACUACUGCAAAGAGACAUCUAUACAUUCUCACCAAACCACAACAAAACAAAAUACUCAUGGCUAUUAUUAAAACCUUUAUUUCAUGAUGCAAACACAUGCAUACUAUCUCACACAGACAACCAUAUAUGCUGCAACAUAACACUAUUGCAUACAAAUGGUAAUCACUUUGAUGUGGUUGUACCACAAGAGGCCACAUGUAACUGUUUUUUGCCAAAUCCACUGCUUGGAGUAUGAUGCUUUAGCCUAAAUUUUGAAGUGUUGAUUAAUAUUUCAUCUUACAAUCUAUUCAGAUUAGAUCUAUUUGGCUAUUUGAUUUUUUUCUUGCAUGCUUUUAAUAUCUUAAAUAACAUUUAAUGUCUAUUAUUUUCAUGUAUUUAAAGUCAGGGUACCGGUAUCUAUUUAUUUAAUUACUUUUAUUUUGCCAAUAAAAGAUAUUUUGUUAGGCUUAGAGUUAUUUUUUUAUUUUUCUAUUAAUUUUUUUGUCUGUUGUAUUACUUUAACUACAUGAUUUUAAUUUCGAUUUUUAGUUAUUUUUCAAAGUACAAAAGAUUGUUUGCAGUUUAAAUGAAUUUUAAUAUUAGAUCUAAUAGCUGCUAGAAAGAAAGACAAAGCAGCAACAGAAAAAAGUUGGCAAGUAAUUCAAGGGAGAUAGUCUAGUACUAAGCCUUAAAACCAAAAUGGCGUAUUUCCAAUGACAAUAUAUGUAUUUGAGCUGAAGUGUGCAGUGCAACAGUAUGCAUGGGGAAAACAAGGAAAAGACAGUAUUGUUGCAAAACUUAAAGCCAGCGUAGAUCCUGACUUUCAGAUUGAUCCUGAUGGGCAUUAUGCAGAGCUAUGGAUGGGAACUCAUCCAAAUGGUCCAUCCAUUGUCAGCAUACCUGGUAAAGAAGAAAUACCUUUGUCAAAAUGGGUAGAACAGCAUCCUGAUCAAUUAGGUCCGGAGGUCAGGUCAUAUUUCAAAGGAAACCUGCCCUUUUUGUUUAAAGUCUUGUCUGUCAAGACAUCUUUGUCCAUUCAAGCCCAUCCAAAUAAGGUACAUGCAGAACUUCUGCAUAAGACACAUCCUGAACUGUACAAAGACGCCAAUCACAAACCAGAAAUGGCAAUUGCAUUGAGUCCUUUCACUGGCCUGUGUGGAUUUCGACCUAUUAAAGAGGUAGCACACUUUUUGCAGACUGUAGAUGAGUUUAGGGAAGCAGUGGGUGAGAAAGCUUGCAAACUUAUAACAGCCAGCCACUCGAUGGACAUGCCACUUCAUCGUGAAGCCAUGAAGGAUUCUUUCAUGGCCCUGAUGAACAGAGAUAGUAAGAUAGUGAACCAUGCUCUUUCAACACUGGUGGAGAAGGUCAAGAAAAUGAAGGAGUCAUCAGCUGACAUAAAACCAUAUGAAGGAGAAGUUUUGCUUAAAUUGGACUCUGAGUUUCCUGGAGAUCGAGGAUGUUUUGCAAUUUAUUUUCUGAAUAUUGUUCAUCUUGAACCUGGGGAGGCCAUGUUUUUAGAAGCCAAUCUUCCUCAUGCUUAUUUAUCUGGGGAUUGCAUGGAAUGUAUGGCUUGUUCAGAUAAUGUUGUUCGUGCUGGUCUGACCCCCAAGUACAUAGAUGUCCACACCUUGUGUGAGAUGCUGGACUACACUGGCAGACCAGUUAGCAGGACAAAAUUUCUUGGAAUAGAAAGUCACAGUAAUAUUCAUAUAACCAUCUUCAACCCACCUGUUCCUGAUUUUGGUGUUUCUAAGUUUGAGGUUCCCGAAGGUACUCCCAGUUUUCAGCUUCAAGCCUUUGAAAGUGCCAGUAUUUGUAUUAUCGUAAAAGGGGAAGGAGAAGCAACCAGUAAAUCUCAGAUCCAGCCCAUCAAGCUCAAGCCUGGCUCAGUUUUCUUUGUAGCUGCGGAGGCUUCUGUCAACAUCACCAUUGACCAAGGGCACUCUAUGCUCUUGUUCCGAGCAUACUCUGGGGUUUUUUAAUGAUGGUUUCCAGUUAAUUCAGUAGUAGCAUUUUUUUUUGUGUGGAACACCCUCUUGACAGCAAGUUAAUUGAGAAUUCUGACAAAUAAAAAAUCUUGACCAGAAAUGUGAAGCUAUGUUAGUUACUGAUGUGCUUUGUAUUCAUGAGAAUGUGUCUUUAGGUUUAGCAUAUGUAUUGUUUUGUUGUUGUCAGCUGACUGUAAAAUGAGCUAACAACAAACUAUUGGUUUGUGUGCUACAUAUUUGCAGAUGUAUUUUUUUGUUGUUUUUUUCAUGCCAAAACAGUAUGUCAUAGUAAUGUUUGGAGAAGUAAAAACGGAUUUAACUAUCAGGUCUAUAUUUGUAGUGAAAACUGGUUAAACAUGCUAACCUAGAAGAAUGGAUUUCAAGUUCUUUUAAAUAAAUGAAUGCUAAGCAAAUAUACAGGUAUCAAUUAAAAUAACUAAUGUCUAGUUAUUGUUUGCUUUAAUUAUUCUUAAUAAGCUUGUACAGUGGAACACUGUCACUUUGGCAGUACUGUACGAAACAAACAACUAGUCGGUUCUUAUAAUGUUUAGCAGUGACCAAACUUUGCCCUGUGGCUGGCUGCUUACAAUAUUUAUUUAUUGCUUACUUGGUCCAAUACCUAUGCGUGUAUAUUUAUUUAUAUCAUCUGCUUGGCCAAGUAGCUCUUUGUCUAUAGCAAUGAAAUAUGUAGACAGACAUUUUUGUGUAUGACUGUGGAAAACUUAAUGGAAUUCAUUCACUAAUAGAAAUUUCAUUAUAUAUAUACUUAGAUUUUUUAAAGGUUUUUUUCAGUGAGACCUUAAUCAGUAUAAAUUAUUUUUGUUUGAUUGAUUUACAAAUUUUUCUGAAUCUUUAAGAUGGAAUUCAACAUAGUGUUUAGCCUAUUUUUUUGAAAGUCUUCAAUUCAAGGAUCUUAAAUGUGUUACUUUCUGUUUGAUCAGACAUUGUAACAAUUCUAUGUGUUGUAUUUGAAUUUGUAUUCUAUUAUUCCUUCUUCCUUUAUUUGUUACAUUUUAUUUGGCAACAUUUCUCAUUCCUUAUACAUUGUACAUUUAACAAUUUCUUGUUUUGAGAGCUCCCUAUUGUGUGACAUGUAUUUUGAUUUAAACAGUCUACCUAGCUUAUUUAUAAUGUACUUCCUUUAUUGACUCUUUUUUUGAUCUCAUCCAUUGAGUCCCGUGUAUUUGUUAAUAACACAGCCGACAUCUAAGCCAAUCUGAUCCUAUGAUCGCAUGCAACAUAUUCAAAGUGUGGGGUUUUUCUUUUUUUUUGCUUGGUUUUAUUUUUUUCCCCAGGCUCUUGUAUCUGUAACUCGUAUUUGGUGAUAACUAUAGGUCGUUAUAUUGGGAGUUACAUUGAUCUAUAUCUUAUCUUAUAUAAUACAGACAUUACUUCAAAAAAGUAUCGGAGUAGACGAGUAUAAAUGUGAACAGAACAUUCAAGUCAAAAAUAUAUCUGGACUUGUUGAAAUGCAUGUUUUUGUUUUUAAGUUACAGUGGUUUAACUGUUUAAAAAGGUGAAUCAGUUGUAAAGUAAGUUGCAUGCAGUAAAUAUUGCAUUGAAUAAUUUGAGAGAAAGGAUGUAUUCAGUUCAACUGUAGAAUAUAUGCCCAGGCUGUGUUUUCACUUUGUUGCAACUGUAUUGAAAAAUUACUCUUAUUUAUUUCAAAGUUUACAUUUUCACAUCUCUAGAAGAAAUUUAGGGUGAGAUGAAAUACUGUCUAUCCUGUCAAGAUGUUCAAAAUUUGAUAAAUAGCACUCUUUAUUUAGAUGUCCAAAGCAGUCAUCAGACAACAUGGUCUCUUUGAGGCUUUGAAGUUUCACUGGGUAGAUGGUAAGCAUAUUGUCCUCACACAUCUAGUAAUUUUAAAAAAGUUAAAGAUUUUGUUAGUCACUUAGCUUACAGGAUGGUGAUGUUUUCUUUCAUAAUAUUGGAGAUCUGAUAAUGUAUUUAUUCUUUUUGUGACCCAUAAAAUAUUCUUGUGUUUGAUUAUUUUUAUUUUUUUAUUCUUUAAGAAUGAUUCUUAGGCUUAGAAGCUGACCAGUAACCACAAUGUCUUUUUCUUUCUAAGGUACACAUUCUGUUAAUUACAAUCUUUUUGAAGCUAGCAACAUUGCUUCUUUUUGCUGUCAUUUUUUAACUUUACUGUCAAUAUUACUAGAGCAGAUGACCUUAAUUUGCAUUACUUAUAACACCAGUGAAUAGAAUACUUAAAAAAUGUAAAUCCUACAUACUACCUCAUUUACAAUGCAGGGGUGGAGGAAGAUUAUAACCUUUUUUUUUUUUUUCUAAGAAAUAUUUUCAUAUUGCUAUCAGAUUUUACUGCUUGCAGAGAAUAAUCACUCUCACUUCCUGUUGCUUUUAGGAUGCUGGCAUUAGUGAGAAUAUUUCUUUUGGCGUUAAAUGAUAAAAUGUGCAGUGGUUCUAAUUGUACAGGCAUGCAUACUGUUGGAGAGGAUAUGAACCAAAGCUAAACCCUAACCAAUAGAAAACUUGUUGCUAACUAUUCCUUAGCAACUGAGAACAAUAUCACCAACUGUCCAAAGUAUUUUAUUUGUGUAAACUGUAUGAUUUUUGGUUAGAUAUUCUUUCUUUUUGUAUCCCUGUUGUAAUCCACUAUCAAUGUUGACAACCAGUCUCUUGUUAUCCACACAUAUUAAGAGAUGGGCUUGUUGGAAGAUAUUAACACCCUAAGACUAGCUUUAACAAACAUUUGCUUGCCUUAAAUAUUUGUUCAUGUUUUAUUCUUUUCCAACAAUGUCUUUCUGGUCCUGUCAGUUCAACUUUGUUGUUUCUCACAUCUUGUGCUCCAGUGAUUAGUCUAGAACCCACCUCCUUUGUGCAGAAAUAUUUGGGCCCCAGACAACCUUCUGCCUAUGCAUCACAAAAGGCUGAAAGCGGGCACCCUUCUAUUUGGGUCUCAUUAAAGAGUUCUAUUUGUCCCCCACCCCUCCUGGCUGCGGGCCUGAGCUAGGGUAAAUAAUCUGUGAAAAAAAAUCAUAAUAAAAAUUGCAGACUAAACUUAAAUCUCGAAUUGAUGGGGCCUAGUGUGAAGCUUGACUGGACCUAUUCAUGCAUUUUGUGCUGUACAUUUUGGAUGCAACCUUGUCAACUUGUGGUGACAUUUUAAUGCAAACAAAUGUUGGAUGUUUAUUAAAUGAUCUUGGUGGUACAAGUGUGAGGAUAAAAUGGUUAGACUGAUAGGUUUUGUUUCGUUCACUUCCUAGUUGAGAAUUUAAAGACAUGCAACAGUGUUUCAUGUCCCUAACAAGUCACACUGGUUCACUUUGGUGAAUGCUCAAUUUUUUAAAAACCUUUCUGAUGCAUGUGGCCUAGAGUGAUGUGAUUCGUGUUGACAUGGAUAGUACUGUUAUGUUGAUAUUAUGAGGUAGAUUUAGCUUGUAGCAGCGAUACCAAGACAUCUUACUGUUUGGAGAGUGUAUUUGUUUUACUUUGGUUAGAAGAUGUUUUGGGAUGUCUUACAAAAUGUACAAAUAUCUUGUAUACAUGAGCAUGCACUAGAACUGGUUCGCUUUCAUUCAGUUUGAAGUUACAGUAUUUUAAUUAUCCAGCUUGGUUUCUUUGUAUUAGAAUAAUAGACCUUGAAAUGUAUACGAGAAUUUACAAAUGCUCACCAUUUGUACAGCAUCAAAAAUUCAGUUUAUUGUCGAGUUCAAUAGUAUCUCAUGACAAAUUGAUCGUUUUGAGUAUGUUGUGCACUAUGUCUUUAAGUGAAUGCGAAUGAAAAGUCUACACAGUUGUCAACAAAUGUACUGAAACUUGGUGGCAAAUAAAGGAUCUAAACGUGA